AUGAGUCAGAUAUCCUCACCUCCUCGCAUACUUUCGAUGGAGGUAUCGAGCAGGGAUGACAGCGAGUACAGAAUAUUAGUUCAAAAUCGGGUCAGAUAUUUGAUCAUCAGCGCCGGUACAUUCGAACGGUCAACACUUUCCAUGCCCCUCAGCUCAUUGCCUGAAUUUCCUAAAGAUUAUACCUGGAAUGUUGCAUACGUCAGUCGAGAUACAUCGAGCGGUGAGGUCGCAAUGAAUCUACAGCACAGAAACUUCAUUGGCAUAACAGAGCUUUGGCAUCCUGUGCUAGUUGACUGUCUCGAUUUAAAAAGGAUCAAACAGCUCACCGCUACCACUUACGAAGCAACUUACUCCUGUAACGUGUCGUUGGCUACUACGAGAUCGCCAGUUGUCAUUGCGAAGGUUGCCCGAUUUGAGUGGGAAAUACCUCGUUUAUUGCUGGAGACUCUCAUGUAUAGUAAAUUGGAAAACACAGGUCUUGCCCCAAGAUUCAUUGGCCAUGUCCACGAGCAUGGCCGUGUAAUCGGCUUUAUGCUAGAAAAGCUCCAAGGGCGUGAAGCAAAAAUCCAGGAUCUUUCGUCUUGUCAAGCUGCCCUCCAGCGCCUACAUGACAUUGGCAUCCUCCAUGGGGAUGUCAACAGAUACAACUUCAUUGUUCAAGAUGGGACGGUGCGACUGAUUGAUUUUGAGAAAAGCCAAUUUUGUAAUGGCGAUACUGCAGCUAUGCAAGCCGAGAUGGAUAGUCUAUGUGAUCAGUUAGUGGAGGACACCGGACGCGGUGCAGGUUUCGCUCGGUGA